AUGCUUCGUCGCAACGUUCGGUUGAGGAGGGAGUAUCUGUACCGGAAGAGCUUAGAGGGGAAAGAGCGGCUCCGUUAUGAGAACAAGCGCAAGAUUUCAGAAGCUCUUCAAGAGGGAAAACCGAUUCCUACCGAGCUCAGAAAUGUGGAAGCGGAGCUCCGCGCUGAAAUCGAUCUCGAAGACGAUAAAACCGCCGUCCCAAGGAGUUAUAUUGAUGAUGAGUACGCGACUGCAACUGAGAAAGAUCCUAAAAUUCUGCUGACUACUUCCCGUGAUCCAAGUGCACCUCUUGUACAGUUUGUGAAGGAAUUGAAGAUCGUUUUCCCAAAUGCGGAGCGGAUAAAUCGUGGUGGCCAGGUUAUUUCUGAAAUUAUCGAGAGUUGCCGUUCUCAUGAUUUUACAGAUGUCAUUUUGGUUCAUGAGCAUCGUGGUGUACCCGAUGGCAUGAUAAUAAGCCAUCUACCUUUUGGGCCAACUGCUUAUUUUGGUUUGCUCAAUGUGGUUACAAGACAUGAUAUCAAGGAUAAGAAAGCAAUUGGAACAAUGUCUGAGGCUUAUCCACACUUGAUUCUAGACAAUUUCAAUACCAAGCUUGGUGAAAGGACAGCAAACAUAUUGAAGCAUCUCUUCCCAGUGCCAAAGCCAGAUACAAAGCGGAUACUCACUUUUGCAAAUCAAUCAGACUAUAUAUCGUUCAGGCAUCAUGUUUAUGAAAAACGUGGCGGUCCAAAGUCCGUCGAGCUUAGGGAGAUUGGUCCUCGUUUUGAAAUGCGGCUUUAUCAGAUAAAGCUAGGGACAAUGGAGCAGACCGAAGCACAGACGGAGUGGGUGAUUCGACCAUACAUGAACACAACAAAGAAGCGCAAGUUCAUCGGUGACUGA